AUGACUUUAAAGACGCUGACAUACGGGUCGCGGAUCACCGAGACGUCGCAUGACGACAUUUUUAUCAUCGCCAUCGUGGUGUUGGCUGUUAUUGUGGCCAUACUCCUGUGCAUUCUGUUCUAUCUGUGGAGGACCACCAGGCACACUGUCAAGGAGAUCGUCAUAUUCGAGGGCAGGGCUGCUAACGAGACUGCCGACAGCGACGAUGAUGUCGACCUUGGGUUCUAUCCAGACGAUUUCCCGAGCGAAACAUGGGGAAAGAACACGCUUCGGAAAAAGCAGUCUUCCCACAAGCAGUUAAACCGCUUGGUUAGUAUGCCAAAGGUGGUUGGGCCGGAUGAGCCAACGAGGGUCUCGCCCGAGAUCAUGUUGCCGAUCACGUCCCAAGUGACCUUGACGGCAGUAGAUUCCAGCCUGUCCGUCCACGGAACCGACGCUGCGGAGAAAGACGCUAUGCGCGAUAAGGAGCGGUUAGUGAUCUACUCGAAUCCAUCGUUGUUGAGUUUCACCGAUGACGCGGAUCACCUGGAAGACCUAAUCAUGGGGUAUAGUGAUCGCAGUGAGAGCACCAGUCAAGACGCAUUCCGUCCACGUCAGACCGAGACGGAGGAGUUCGGGCUGCCUCCGUUUAGCGCUUUCGCGGACAUCAUGGCCGGACCCGACACGGAUGUUUCCAGCGCGGUGAGCGAACUCGACAGCCCCCCGGUGGAGUACAACGACGUCCAUGGGGACUCGGUUCUCUCUCAGAACGCCAUGUUCAACGGACAUGAGCCGCAGGUGUCGGAUCCUCUCACCAAUGCUCCCUUGAAGACACCCAUGGAAAUUGGAUACUCCUUGGUGCGCCGUGGUGCAAAGGGGCGGCCGUCACGAUGGUUGAAGCAAGGUAACUACACGUUACCGAACCAGUCAUCUCUAGCGAGCCAGCAGGGCCAGGACAUCGUAAGACUGAGCGCCGGCCAGAUUGUGCUCAAGACGCUUGCAGGCGAAUUAGUCGUCGCCACGGAUGAUGGUAGCAUGUACCCUCUCAAUCAGUUCAACUGUAUUGUGGAUCCUCACAGUGUUGCUUUCUAUCGUGUCCAAGCCUCGGCAAGCGGUGGUUUGGUUCUUAUUGACUUAAGCACAGACACCGAGCUCGCAAGCCUGUCCUCAAGUCAGGUUCUCGAUGCGUGCAAGGCGUUCAAGAAACGCCGUGAGCGCACGGUGGCGGACAUGCAAGAGGCCAUUACGUUUGCAAUGAGUGAGGGAGAGAGCUCUACAGAAUUCGGCCUGCCUCGUUCUCUCCUGUCCAUGCCCAAUGGCCGGUAUGCGUUUGUUAAUGACGCCGGGGCUUCGGUGCCGCUGUCCGUUUUCGGUGUGCGUGUGGAGCAAGACCGGGCGUCUCGAUUUGCCAUUGCCUCCGGAUCGGACGGCACCUACACUCUGUUUGACGUCGUUCUGGCUCGUCUGGUGGGAAGUGUCAAGCGCACCUCGGUCCCGGACAGGCUCCUCAAAUUCCAAGACGGACAAGACGAGCUGCCCGCUUUGUGAUUGCAAAAAAACAAGUUUCAUUAUCGAUGGCCCUUAAAAUAUGUAUUGCAAGGCUUUUUUCCACCGAGUCACACACACAUACACACACACACACACACACACACACACACACACACACACACACACACACACACACACACACACACACACACACAGAGUAUGCACGGCCUGUAAUUGUUGGAGAUAGGCUCUAAGGUUUCUUUUUAUAUCAUAUUUUUUUGCCAAUCAUGCUAUCUCCCUUUGUUGAGAAUACGUGUAUUUUACAUUAUUAUCUUCCUGGCGUUUGUGAAUUCGCCCCAGCGCUGGAAUCGUUUUGCCAAAAAUACUUUUUAUUAAAGUUGGUUCCUCCUGCAUGUGUCUUCUAAGGUAUUACGUUUAUUUUACGCAUCAUUUCCUGACUUGUGAAUUUUCUUGAGAUAGGGAACAGGAUAGGGGUUCCGAUAUAUCCCGGCGCUUCAGGAAACAGUUGGGCCUUGCCGGACACUAUGAAGUUGGCAGAUUUUUCUCGUGCAGCGUAUCUCGCAUUUUGUUGUCACCACUUUCACACAUGACAAUACUGCAUACAUGCUGCUGCUGCUGCUACUGCAGGUAUGGCUUACUAGAUGAAUUUGAGCGGUACUGUCGCUAUAU